CGCUGAAAGUGAACCUCAAAAAUUUAGGGCGCAAGAAUGGCUUCUCGUGGCCGGCGUUUGAACUCCGACGGCGCCGGCGGAAACUCAGCCAUGGAGUUUGAUCCCCCGCGGCUUCAGGAAGAAGAAGAUGAUCCGUUUCUUAAAUUUGUCGACUACGCGAGGUCUGUGCUAGCAUUCGAAGACGAAGAAGACUACGAUCCAAAUGUUAAUGGAGCGGAGACCAGUGCGCCUGGUUGGAGUUGGAUCGCCUCUCGCGUCCUUAAAACUUGUAUCGCCUAUUCGAGUGCCGUCACCCCUGCGAUUUUGCUAUCUGAGCUCUCGCAGGCCUGGUAUGAGCAACACAGAGUUGGUGCUCCCAAGAAAAUGCCAGAAUGCAUUAAUCAGUUGAAGAAGAAGAUUAGGAGGAAGAAGCUCCCAAAAACAGUUUCUAUUGACUCCAUACAUGAGAAGAAUUUUCUAUCUUUAAGUAGCGUUUUGGAAGCUGUAAUUGUCGAUGAGUUUAUUCUUCCAGGUACAAAUAUACACAUGCUUACUUUGGGGGACUUUUGGAGCUCUAAUACGAUUGAUCUUUAUCUCCAUCGGAGAUUCUACGACUUAGUGAAUGGGAUUCUGAAGAAAGGGAGGCAAAUAUUUUUAACUGGAUGCUAUCUUCGUGCUGCCGGUGGUGGUUCUGGCCAUCCACGACUUCUACCAACUGAAUACUUCAUCACAUUGUUAGAUGAGGAAGAGGACGAUGAUGUAAUACUUUUAGGAGCCCAGUUUUGUUCUGAUUCCUUUGCCUCUGUUUCUCUUGAUGCUGUCGAUAAAGGGGCUACAUAUUCAUUAUAUGCAAAGAUUGAGUCUAUUGGUCCACUGGUAGUUCAUGAGAAGAUUAACAGCAUACAGAGUAUUCAAAUCAUUCUUGUUGAUAACGAUGGUUUGAAGUUAAAGUUUCUCUUAUGGGGUGAACAAGUUUUGCUAGCCAAUCUUUUAAGUGUUGGUAGCUUGCUUGCACUUGAUAGACCAUAUAUUGCCAGUGUAAACGAGAAUGGCAUUGGAACAAAUGAUGAACUUUGUCUUGAAUAUGGUAGUGCUACACAAUUAUAUUUGGUGCCUUGCAUUCAGCACGAGGAGCAAGUAUGUGUAUUAACACAGAAUAUGAACCAAGCUUCAAGGGUACUUGGUACAACGUAUCCUACUCAGGGUCCUCGUGUUUCUCAAGUUUCCUUGCCCUGCGAUUCACAUGGGACAAUUGAUUUUGGUAAUUAUCCUUUCCGGUCAUUUGUGAUCGACCUUCAAGACAAGAUGACUGGCAUUAGCUUAUAUGGUAACAUUGUAGAUAUAGUUAAUGAAAGAAAUACCACAGAAGCUGUUUUCUCUAUGAGAAUAGAAGAUAACACAGGAGAAAUUUCCGCGAAGUUACACUUCGUGAGAUCUUGGUCAUUGGGAAGGGUAGGCGUUGGACAUACAGUAUAUAUAAGUGGCUUGACUUGCACCACGAACAAGAAUCGGUUGGAGGCUUUAUGGAUUGAGAAUCAUGUCGGAGCUUCUUUUGUCAACCUUAGCUGUUUGCCAGCAUUGCUAACUUCAUCUUGUCUUCAUAAACUUUCUCAACUUUCUGAUCUAAGCAGUAACGCUCAUGGUACAAAGGUGUGUCGAGUUCGACUUGACCAAGUUUCACAUUGUCAUGUUAGUACGAAAUUUUUGCAUUCCAUCUGUGGUCAUUUUGUCGAGGAGACACCUGGCAAAAUUGAGUGCAGCUUCUGUCGUUAUGAAUGCAAGUCUGAGAUUGUUCGUACAUUCGACCUGAAAAUCACCCUUGCGGACGACAGUGCCAAAAUCUUUGCAUGGUGUACAGGUCAAACUGCUGCAGAGUUGCUGCAAAUAUCUCCCGAUGAAUUCUGUGAACUACCUGAGGAAGAACAAGUAAUGUAUCCAUCUUCACUCGAGAAUGAAAGUUUUGUGGUUGCAAUAGUAAAUUGCAGGACUCGGAGCAGCGGACGUGCAGAUAGUUUCGAUCAUUCUAAUGAUCCAGUUUUGUGGGAGAUUACUCGUGCACUCAAAUGUGAACUGUGAACUGUGAAUGAUAUUGCAGUUUGGUACAAUGUUUAUAACAAUUGCUGUGGCAAGAGGUCAAAAACUCCAAGACCCAGGUACGAUUUUCAUUUAAUUGUGAGUUCACCAACAGGAAACCAAGUGAAGAGCCCAAAUCACUCUAGAUGAACCACACUAUAUACUCUACUUUGUUUUGUAAUGAUUUAGUCUAGUAUUUUUGUAAAUAUAAUGAUUUAGGUCUUUGAUAUUGAAAAUUGUCUCGAAUUGAAUCUCUGGAAUGCAAAUAAUGUUUCACUAAUGUUUUACAUUGACUAUUGGGGAGCUUCAUUCAUGGUGUAUAAGUAAAUGAUAAUAUCUCUAUUGAUACGAGACUUUUCGUAAAAAA